CAAGGACUACUGGAUUAUACAACACCAAAUACAACUUAUUGUAAGGAUGAAGGACUGACUGACCAUUGGUCAUUUAUAGUAAUAAUGAUGCCAGGAAGAACUCCAAGUUGUAAUAUCGGACUAACAUUGCUUUUUGUGGUCAUAUAUUCGACAGUUGGCAAAAGCUGCGACGAUCAAAGGGAGUUCACGUGUGCUAAUGGCCGGUGUAUCGAAUUGUCCAAGUUCAACAACACUGUCAAUGAUUGUCAUGACAACUCGGACGAAGUGCUUGAGAUGUGUAAAGCAGGUGGUUUCUCGUGUAGCAAUGGGAAAUGUAUACCAGGAUUCUACCGACUUGACGGCGACGACGAUUGUGGAGAUGGAAGCGACGAAGCGAAGGUGAUUGGGACCGACUGUAGUAAGGUGUCGGCAGACAAAAACUGCUGUCCGUGCGACCGGUAUGUACCCGGCUCCGAGUGUAUUGAAGGUGUAUGUAGGUGCAAGAAAGGUUAUUACAGCAACGAUCUGGGAACCAUAUGUAUGAGAAGAAAGGUGUUUGAGGAUUGUGUGACGCACGAAGAUUGCAGCAAAUCUGUCGCCAAUACCGCAUGCAUAGAAAAUGCAUGCAACUGUGAAUCGGGGUAUCUAGUUGGGGAUGACCGCAAAUCUUGCAAUAGGCGUAAAAUUGGUGAUGAGACAUGCUUCAUUGAUGCCGACUGUGAGGAUGCUGUGAUGUAUAGUCACUGUGAUAAUAUAACAUGUGUUUGUAACUCUGGACGCUAUGCCACGCCCGACAACACCAUUUGUGCAUUACGUGUAAUAGGCGAUAACAAUUGUGUAAUAGAUUCAGACUGCUCUGAUGCUGUUAACAAUAGUCUUUGUAGGUUUGGGAUAUGUGUCUGUGAUAUAGGAUACUCUAAGACAGACAAUGGCACAAGGUGCAGAAAAAGACGCAUUGGAGAUUUGGACUGCUCUGGUGAUGCAGAUUGUUCAAGUGCCGUUGGCAACAGUCUAUGCAGAAACAGCGUUUGUGCCUGUGUUCCUG